UUUCCACUUUUUUCCAGAAUAUGAGUGGAAAGGGGAGAAGAUGCAAAAGGGCAACACGAAGCCCAGGUCAAGCAUCAGUUGCAAAAAGCGAUGGGGACCAGAGCGAGAUCCCAGGUUGGCUCAGCUACACCUGCAACCCCUAACAUGUCGUCAACUGACAGUGUUCAGGCUGGCUGCCAAUCUAGAGCGAGAUUACAGGUUGGCCCAUCUACCCCUGCAACCCCUAACAUGACGUCGGCGGACAGUGAUCAGGUUGGCCGCCAAUCUGACACAAUUACAGUGUCAACAGAUUUUGUACGAAAGUCAGACAUAGAGGGCAUUAUUGUGGACACUAUUGCGAAAUAUCAAUCUAUGGCGAAGGACCCAAAUGACAAUCAGGCAUCUCCAGCUGUGGCAUCCACUAGUGCAGACACUAAUACGCAUUGUCUUCUAAUAUACUUGAAACUGUGAGUUGGAGCAAGAUACCUAUGUCGAAAUU